AUGGACAAGGUUAUCGUCAUCGACGCCAAGGGACACCUUUUCGGGCGAUUGGCCUCGAUCGUCUCCAAGCAGUUGUUGCAAGGCCAGCACGUGGUUGUGGUUCGCACCGAGGGUAUCUGCAUGUCCGGUGGUAUGGUUCGUCGUCGCAUGGCGCACGACCGCUACAAGAACAAGAGGAUGAACACGAACCCGAAGAAGGGUCCGUACCACUACACGUCGCCGUCUCGACUCUUCUGGAAGACGGUUCGCGGUAUGCUUCCGCACAAGACUGUGCGUGGUGCGGCUGCUUUCGAACGCUUCAAGGCGUACGAAGGCAUCCCGGCGCCGUACGACAAGGUUAAGCGCGCGGUCGUUCCGGAAGCGCUCAAGGUGUUGCGCCUCGGUGAGGGGCACCGUUUCUGCGUGCUCGGCGACUUCUGCGAACAAAUCGGGUGGAAGCAUGGUGCGAUCGUGAAGGAGCUCGAGGCGAAGCGCCAAACUGCGGCGUCUGAGUACUGGGCGCAGAAGAAGGAGGCUAACUCCAAGUUUGCCGCGGCCAAGGCUGCGGCGAAUGCGCAACUCGGCGAUUUGCAACAGUUGAUCGAAGCCACCGGGUAUUAG